GCCAAGCCAGAACUUGCUCCAACCGAUGAGUACAGCGCGAAGGUGGUGCGUCUCAUGAAAGCCAAGUUGAUGCGCAUGCAGCUUGGUCAUUCGGAGCGUGCACGUGUGAAAGAUGCGAUGGUGAUCCCAAAGCAGCGCUACUUUCAAGUUCCAGAACAAACACCUGAGCCAGUUGACCCAGUGAAGAAGAGAGAGCUCCCUGCCCAGAAAAAGAGAGAGCGGGAAGAAGCGAAAGGCAUCCCCAAGAACUCCAAAAAGAAGAAGAAUGGAAAGGGCAAGGGCACUGGCAAGCGAGCAGCGCCUGAUGGGCCCAUGUACCACGCAAAGAAGGCUUUCAUUGACCAGCUGAGGAGCAAAAACCCCAAACUGACUUAUCAUGGUGCGCAGGCUGUAUGGAUGAAGUCUGCUGAGCGACAG